AUGGCAUCGAUCCCUCGAGAUGAUUGCAAUACAUAUAAGUACAAGGAUAUCACGGCAAAGGAGCCAGAGUAUAGCACACUGUCUUAUACAUGGGGCCGUUGGAGAGUCAAAGACAGACCCGAGGCCCCACCCGUACUGCCUAUCAAAAAUACCCCAUGGGAAAUACCUGCAGUAGAGGAAACACACUUUACCACGGAAAAUUUCCAAAAGGUUAUCCAAAGCAUACACAGAACUGGCGUCGACUGGGCUUGGAUAGAUGUGGGUUGCAUAGAUCAACGCCGCGGUAGUACACAAGCGGCUGUCGAGAUAGGCCGGCAGGCUAGUAUUUUCAAGCAAGCAAAGUCUACCUUUGUUUGGCUAUCUCGUCUGGACAGUAUACAACUCGCUCAAGCCAUCGACGAUAUAUUGGAAUGCGGCGGUCAGCUCUACGACCGUGUUGACAUUGGUAACGAGGACGUUGAUUUUGACGAUGUCAUGGAUAAGCUUCACAAAGUGUCCGAAUACCUCUUUUCUGAUCCAUGGUUUUCGUCUCUAUGGACUCUGCAAGAAAUCGUUCUCCGAAACGAUGCCAUUGUUCUUUCUACUGAAGGAGAGUCUGUGCCCUGGAAGGUGGCGCGACAAGACCAGCGCACAUACAUGACUAUGUUGAUCAACCACUGCCAGAAUGUCUAUACUUCUCUGGAGAAGGCGCUUGAAAAGACGAAAUCAGUCUAUUCUCAGCCAUACCCGGACAAGACAAUGAACGCAAUCCGCCGCGUUCAGCAGCUCAUACUCCAGGUUGGCUUCUAUUAUCUGUUUAGCACCAACCCCAAUGUACUGUUUGGCACGGCUCGCUACCGCACAACGAAAAGGCGUGAAGACCGCGUCUAUGGCAUCAUGCAAAUCUAUGGCCUCUGCGUCGGGAAAUCAGCAAGGCCAGAAGAAAACCCAUCUAUGGAAGAGCUGGUUAUUGAAUUCGCAGCAGCCAUCAACCAUAAUAGCGCCAUCUUAGGCCAGUUCUUCAUCCAUGUUUCGCAGCCAAAGCCAGGAUAUACUUGGCGGAUUACAGAGGCGUCGACAGUCCCAAGGUCGCUUAUGAUAUACCGAGAUCCAAACAGCAUGGCCACCAUCAACAUUGAUUCAAAUGGAAAUUGUAUUGCCGCCGGUAAAUGCUGCCAGCUUCCCAUUUUAUUAUCUGCAGCUGAGAAAUCCGGAGAAAUAACGCCAUUACAAGCUGUGAAAGGAUGGGGCCUUGACUUCAAGGUUCUCCUCGACGGCCACAUCAAUGGCGCCGCAUCUUUUAGCGCAGCCCAUCAAGAGCACUAUAUAGUGCGGCGUAGCUCUGCCACAGAAAUUGAUUUAAAGGAUGUACUGGUUUUAUGGCUAGGGAACGUUCAGGCAGAGUUCUCUUUUGGAUCUAAUUCUCAUCUUCGCCGUAAUGCUGGCUUGCUCUUGAGUGUGCAGAAUUAUAACACCGACGAGUGCGUGUUGCGUUACGAGCGCCUAGGCAUCGCGAUUUGGAGGACAGGUGAAAAACCGAAACCUUUUGAAGAACCCGUUAGAAGUAUUCCCUGGGAAUGGCAUGACCAAUUAGUAUUGGGAUGA